UGCUAUCGCUCGUAAGUUUGUUUCCCGGGGGCUCUGCGCUUUCAGUUAGAUUAAUUAGAGAGGGCAGGAGGCGACGGGACUUGCGUACGUGCGACGCGUUUAGCGGCAACCUGCUCCGCAGCCUCCUUCCCCAAACGGAGCGGGGGUAGUGUUGGCGGUGCGGGAACAUCCCUUCCUUCUGCCGCCUGCCCUCCCCUCACCCGGGGUUAGAAAAGGGUUAAGAAACUUGGCUGGAGAGAUGAAUGGCGCGGCGCGGGGAGGGGCCGGGCCGCGCCGCGGCGGGCGAGGUGGAAGGCGGGGAGGAUCGCGGCUGCGGGUUAGGCUUUGAAAGUCAGCCUCACAGGCAUUGCAGCAGAGCCCCGAGCCCCGGAGAGAAGCCAAGUGCAGCUCGCCGUAUCAAGCAUGGAAUUGUUGAGGAGGAAAAUCGUUGUAUCCUUUAACUCCUGAGGAAGGGCUUUCCUGAUGGGACCACUUAAAAGGAAUUUUAUGUGCUUGGUGGAGAUGGAAAAGGAUGAAAAACAAGCUGGCUUCCUGGAGAAAGAAGGCGUAAAAUACUCGAUGGAACUUUGUUACCUUGGAACCGCAUUUUGAGUGCUCCUCCUUUCGUACAUAUUCUAGAUAUCAGAUUGAUAUGAUUGGAAACCUGUCUCAUCAAACAGUAUACACUGGAAGAAGCCUACUUUGGAAUAUGACUUUUUGUGUUGUUUCUGAAAGUCUGUGAGAAUACACUCUAGACAUCUACCUGUUUCUUAAAUCUGCAUCUCAAUUCAGCUGCAGCAAAACUAGUCUUGAAGUGAAUAGAACCAGAGCCCUUUUGGAAACUCUUAUUGAACAUGACUCAUGGAGAAGAGCUUGGCUCUGAGAUGCACCAGGAUUCUGUUGUUCUAACUUAUCUAGAGGGAUUACUGAUGCAUCAAGCAGCAGGAGGCUCAGGUACUGCAGUUGACAAAAAGUCUACUGGGCAUAGCGGAGAGGAUCAAAACUUUAAGAUUUCUGGAAAUAUAUUUCCUAACUGUCAAAGUAAUGGUCCAGUUCUUAACACAAAUACAUACCGAGGAUCUGGCAUGCUGCACCUCAAAAAAGCAAGACUAUUGCAGUCUUCUGAAGACUGGAAUGCAGCAAAGAGAAGGCGGUUGUCUGAUUCCAUUGUGGAUUUAGAUGGAAAAAAGGAAGCUUUGUUAGCUGGCAUGGUUGAAAAUGUGCCUAAAGGCAAACAGGAUAGCACAUUACUUGCCUCUUUGCUUCAGUCGUUCAGCUCUAGGCUGCAGAGUGUUGCUCUGUCACAGCAGAUUAGACAAAGCCUUAAGGAGCAAGGGUAUUCCCUUAGCCAUGACUCUUCAGAAGUGGAGAAAGAUUUGAGGUGCUAUGGUGUUGCAUCCAGUCACCUGAAGACACUGCUGAAGAAGAGCAAAGCAAAAGAUCAGAAGCUGGACAGCAGCCUGCCUGAUAUAACAAAGAACCUGCCCAAAGAGAGGUUUAUAGAAUCUCCCCAUGUGGUGCAGAGUGGACCUAAAGUGAUAAAUGAGCCACUGUCAUGUGCUGCAAGGUUACAAGCUGUUGCAAGCAUGGUAGAGAAACGAUCUAGUCCUGCUGCUUCACCGAAGCCCAGCGUAGCAUGCAGCCAGCUAGCUUUACUUCUUUCAAGUGAAGCUCACUUGCAGCAGUACUCCAGGGAACAUGCUUUAAAAGCACAAAAUGCAAGUCAAAUAGCAAGUGAGAGACUUGCAGCUAUGGCCAGAUUACAAGAAAGCACUCAGAAAGAUAUUGGCCAAUUCAGUUUAGCAAAAGGAAUGACAAGCCAUCUCAAUGGUCAAACAGGAUCAUCAACCAAAACAGCACCUAGUAAAGGCAAUAUGGCACCAUUUCAGAAUUCAGUGGGAAUCAUGCAUUCACCUCCCAAAACUAUGGGAUACAAAAGUACUUUGGAAAGGAGCAACCUGAAAACCUCUCCCAGCAACAGUUUGCUCUUGCAUCUGCUGAAAAGCCAGAAUACCACCAAACACAUAAAAGGGCAUGAACAGAGUGAGAGAGCCAGCAUUUUUGAAGACAGCAGCACACCAACAACUAUUGAUGAGUAUUCAGACAACAAUCCUAGUUUUACAGAGGAUGACAGCAGUGAUGAUGAAAGCUCUCAUUCUAACUGUCUUCCUAUAGACUUGUCCUUUAAACAGAGGGCAGAUAAACCAGAUGCCGGUCCACCCGCAUCACUGGAUAACCUGACUCAGACCUUGCUUCAUAACUGGGAUCCAAAAGUUUCCUGUCCAGACAACAAGGAAGACAAAGACACUCCAAAAGCUUCAAAGCUGAAUCCCCAUCAAAAAGUAACGCUACUUCAGUUGUUGCUUGGGCAUAAGAGUGAAGAAAAGGUAGACAAGAAUAAUGACCCUCAGGGACCACACAGUGCAGCUGAUGUGGCAAAAUUCACUGUACAGACUGGUAAAAGGACUCCUGUUACUGAUAGUCCCGGUGCAAAUCGCAUUACUCCGUUAAGCACUCCACCUUUGCUGGCUUCUGCAAAAGCAGACUCUCCUAUAAAUCUCUCACACCAGUCGUUGGUCAUCAAGCGCAGCUCGCCGCCAUAUGUCUGCCCCAUCCAGCCGGACAGGCUAGUGAAUCCUGCAUCUAAACACUUGAUAGACCUUUCUAAAAGCAAGGAAGUUCAAGGAGCUAAGCUGAGCAGGAAUGACAGUCCGCAGAACUCUUCGGCAUUCAGCGCCAGCAAGCUGUUGCAGAACCUUGCUCAGUGCGGCAUGCAGACUUCCAUGUCAAGUGAAGAACAAAGAGCUAGCAAACAGCUGCUAGCAGGGAACACAGAUAAACCUGUUGGCUUGAUUGAUAGAUUGAACAGCCCUCUGCUUACGAAUAAACUGAGUGCACAUGAAGAAAAUAACAAAAUAUUCAGUUGCCAGCCCGCGCCCGCUGAACAAGGACUUCCAGGUUCGGAAAUAGAAAAUCUCCUUGAAAGGCGCACUGUCCUUCAGCUGCUUCUGGGAACUCCCAAUAAAGGAAAAAGUGAAAAGAAAGAGAGGAUGCUUUUAAGAGAUGAAAGUUCUCAAGAACAGACAGAUAAGGCUUUGAAUGAGCAAAUAUUGACGGUGAAAAUAAAAACCGAACCAUCUGAAGAAUCAAAUGUUCCCUGUAAUUCAAAUGCACAAGUGAGAGAGUGCAAGGGUAACAAAUUUCAAGGAUUUGCUCAUUCACUGAAGAGGAACACAGCUGCUUCUCCAGCAUCUGAGGAGCUGAAAUCCGAGCCUCUUUCACCUCAAGAUUUCUCUUUUUCCAAAAAUGGCCUGCUAAGUAGGUUGCUGAGGCAGAAUCAAGACGGCUAUCCUGCGGAUGAGCUGGACAGAAGUCACCGAAACAGUGAACUGACACACCUCGAAUCCAAGAGUCUUUGCACAGUACCGAAGAAAAGGAAGCUUCACGCUGAGCCUCUGGAAAGUCCAUUAAAAAAGAUGAAGAGUAAUGUGUCUGAUGCUGCAAACAAUCACUCGUCUUCUACUGAGGCACUGUAUGGGCCUUUGCUUAACAAGCAAGAACUGAAAUUCAGCAGAAGUGAUGCUGAAUUUAAAUACGCUGUAAGUCAUGGUCCAAAUAAUGAAAGUGAAAACAGGAGUUGGUCUAGAGAUGGUAAAGGCUUCAAUGUGUUGAAACAGCUGCUUCUCUCAGAAAACUGUGAGAGAGAUCUGUCACAACAUAGGAACAGCAUACUAACAGAGGGCAAGAAAAAAGCAAACAGAACCAGUGCAACAAUUAAUAAACCUGAAUUCAGCAUUUCUUCAGUAAAUGCAUUAAUGGGAAGCCCUGUACAGCAGAACAAUUGCAUAGAUCACAGAACAUUUCAGUAUCCCGUAGCAGUAAAAAGUCCUGCCACUUCCCCCUUUCCUGAACAUUUGGGGAGUACAAUAUCUAGGCUUGAGCCUGACCAGUUUGGCAUGUGCCCCAUGCCCAAUGAAAAAGGGCCCAUCAGAUGGGUGAUCACAGGUAUGGACAAGAAUGAUAAUGAAAAAGACUCUCCAAGACUGACCAAAACCAACCCAAUAUUGUACUACAUGUUACAGAAAGGCGGCAACUCUGUUAGUAGCCAAGAAGCACAUGACAAAGAGAUUUGGAAUGAACCUUCAUUUGCUGAUAGUUCAACUCACGUUACAAUCAAAGAGGAGUUGCCAUCUGAUACAGAGCUUAAAACUCCUUUUAGUAACUUGAGAAGCCCUUACAAUAGCCAUAUGGGGAGUAAGACCUCUCAUCAACACGGUGUGAAUGGAGAAGUGCAUGGACUGCUGGAAAAAGUUUUGUCAAUCAAAAAAGAGCCAGAAUAAACGACGGGCUCCUCAAUGAGUUUACAAUCAGUGGUUUUGAAUCUUUGUUUAAAAAAAAAAAAA